AUGGCACCUACUUUCUACAAGCUUCCGAACGGGCUGCUCAUAAAAGUGUACAAGAAACUUUCACUUGCCGACCAGAUCCGGCUUAGCAGCACAGAUCGCCGCCUGCGGUGCCUCGGCAUCGACGAGGCCAAGAUCUUCAAGUCCCUCUCGCUCACCUGGAGCAGUCGGGCCGCCUCGGACUCGGCCCUGCUGGUGGCCGCGAGGUACGGCAGCCAGGUGCGCAAGCUGACCGUGUACGUCGACGAGAUCGACGGCCAACACUACGUCACUCCGCCCACGAUCCCACCGCCCGCGAUCCCGGCAAGCUGCGUGGCCCUACUGAGCGGCCAAGACGAGACGGGCGUCCCUCUUCCGCUCCCCAACCUCGAGGGCCUCGCGCUCGAGUUCCCCAAGACCUACCAGACCAUAUACGACAUGUACCGCGACACCAGCGCGGGCAAGCCCCAGCUCCAAGCCAACAACGAGCUGGUCGACGCGAUCCUCAAAGCAGCGGCGGCGAGGGGCAGUACGGACCUCCUCUUGGGGCUCAGUCCCAUCACCUCUCUCAAGCUCGGCAACUUCCCGCUGCACCCGUCGCGCGUGCUCGCCUCGGACGACUGGCAGCGGUUCGCCGCCCUGGUUGAGAAGCUGGAGAUGUCCGUAUACGGCGACGACGACGACGACAUCAGCACCAUCUUUCAGCGCCCAUACUUCAGGCUCAUGCGCUAUCUCAACAGGACCAUCAUGAGGACCUGGCCGUCGGUCACAACGGUCAAGUUCCAUGCGCACAGUACCUCGCCGGCUGGUGCUUUAUCCCAAGACUUUCCCGACCAGAACAUGCUGCUAUGGGAACCAUCACACAUGCCACGUCUUGCCAAGAUCGAGCUCGCCAACGUCUUCAUCACACGCCAACUGCUGGCCUUCGUGACCGCAUUGGGCCGAGUGUCGCUCACAAUCCUCGAGGCCAGAGGGGACUGGAAUAGGCAGCACAACACCGGCCACCAGAUCUCGUGGGCCCAGUUCUUCAACUCGCUCGCGCAGAUCGGCCUUGCCGACUUCACCUUGAAGCCCGUCAGGUGGAAAAUAAGCGACGACCACAGCUACUGGAUGAGCAGCAGAUGGCCGAUCCAAAGGCGGAACGCGGCCGUGAUGACAAGGCUGGCCACCAACCCGAGCCUGCCCAUAUUUCCCUACUUUGAGAUUGGCGAGUCGGACGGCCUCCUAUCCCAAAGGCACGAGACCACGACCGAUGAGUUUCUGCGAGGGCAGGACCAGCAGGCAUAUGAGUGGUUCGUGGACGAGAUGGCGAAAGCUUGGGGGGCCAGAGUUGAGCUGCUGUAG